AUGACAGACACGCUGAAGGUGGUCAACGCAGAUACAACGAUAGAAAACGAUGCCGCGAACUGGAAACUCGUCCCAGCGAAGGACGGCUACCCUGCGUACUACGUCUACGCAGUCCCGAUCGAGAAGAGUCCUUUAGAUGAUCGCGAGUAUCGUGUAAUUCGUCUGGAAAAUGGACUCGAGGUGGUGCUUGUACAUGAUGAGAAGACUGACAAGGCCGCGGCUUCUUUGAAAGUUCAUAUAGGACAUUUCCAUGAUCCAGACGACAUUCCGGGUCUUGCGCAUUUCUGCGAGCAUUUGUCAUUCAUGGGCUCAAAAGAAUUUCCCAAAGAGAAUGAAUAUCCUGAGUACCUUUCAAAACAACACGGAUACUACAAUGCUUGUACUGGCGGUUCUAAAACAGUAUACUUCUUCAACGUCGCAUCAGACGCUUUCGAAGGCGCACUGCAUCGCUCCUCUGCGUUCUUUCACGGACCGCUGUUUGACGCUAGCACGACGAUGCGAGAGAUUAAUGCCGUUGAUUCCGAAUUUAGAAGCUAUCUCCAGAAGGAUGUCUGGAGGAUAAAUCAGAUUGAAUGUGACCUCGCACGGCCUGGACACCCAUUUAGGAAAUUCAACGUUGGUUGUAAGGAGACUUUAACGCAAGCUGGAUGGUCUAAGGGUGACCGCUCUUCGAACAAGACAACAGAUGCAAAACAGGAUAAGAACCCUGGAAUAGAUACGGCAAAGGGCCUGGAAACGAGACGUAGAGUGAUUGAAUGGUGGGAGAAGGAAUAUUGUGCAAGCCGUAUGAAAUUAGCAGUCGUCGGUAAAGAAUCGCUUGAUGACCUUGCGCGUUUGGUUACGAAGUUCUAUUCUCCAGUAAAGAAUCGAGGAGUGGAUCCAUUACCAAAAGUGCCUGACGAUCCGUAUGGAAAAAAUGAACUUUGUAAAUUCGUGCACGUCAAAACAAUAAAGGAUACUUACGAAGUUAACAUUAACUUCCCUAUACCGUGGCAAACCCCCCACUGGCGGGUUUCACCUGCCGGAUUUCUCGCGCAUAUCAUCGGUCAUGAAGGAUCAGGCUCUCUGCAUGCUUACUUGAAGAAUAAAGGUUGGCUGAAUGGCUUGUAUGCAGGGCCUGCAGAGGCGGGUCGCGGUGUUUCGGUGUUUGCGGUGACCGUGGACCUGACGAAAGAAGGGUUCAAGAACUAUCGCGAAGUGAUCCUGACUAUCUUCGAGUUCAUCAAUCUACUGCGGGGGUCAGAGCUUCCGAAAUGGGCACACGAGGAGCUAAAGACGCUUGGAGAACUGGCAUUUCGGUUUACGGAGAAAAUCGAGCCCCUUGACUAUGCGUUCACGUUAUCAUGCGGGAUGGAAUCGCCAGUUCCUCGAGCGCUGCUGCUGAAUGCUCAUAAGUUCCCGAGGAAAUGGGAUGAGAAUCUCGUGCGCGAGAUCCUGGACACACUUAAUGUCGAGAAUUGCUACAUCUUCGUGACUGCUCAGGAUCAUAGUCAGAUUGGGAAGACCGGACCCUGGCUCACAGAACCCUGGUACGGAACGCAGUACAUAGAAGAGAAAUUUAGAGAUGAUUUCAUUUCUGAAGCCCACAAGAGCAACGACAUCGCCGAACUUACUCUCCCGAAACAGAACGAGUUCAUUCCGAAGGACACUAAUGUAAAUAGAGUAGACGUUGCCGAGCCCAAGAAGCGUCCGUUCCUCAUUAAGCGUGAUCAAAUAGCGGAAGUUUGGCAUAAGAAAGAUGAUCAAUUCUGGGUUCCUCGCGCACAAGUCUUGAUCAUUGCUCGCACACCUGCCGCUGGAGCGACUGUUCGUACCUUCGUCAUGACAAAGCUAUUCACGGCUCUCAUCACGGAUUCGCUAAACGAAUAUUCAUAUGACGCCAAACUCGCCGGUUUAUCGUACCAAUGUGGUGGGACGAUGCGCGGUAUCAACAUCUCCAUUGGAGGGUACAAUGAUAAGCUUCACAUACUCCUGCAGCGUGUUCUCGAGACAAUUAAGAAACUUGACAUUAAAAAGGAUAGACUGCAAGUGAUGAUUGAGCAGGCUCAAUUGGACCUGGAUAAUAGGCAACUACAGGUCCCAUAUAGUCUUGCACUAUAUCACUUGACUUAUCUGCUUGACGACCAGAGGUGUACUAUUGAAGAGGAACUAGAGGCGCUCAAAGGGAUCACUGUUGAAGAUAUUUCCGAACAUGCAAAGCAACUGCUUUCGCAGAUGAAUUUCUUAAUUGUAGUGAAUGGCAAUCUUCUCAAAGGGGAUGCUCUUCGCAUGGAAUCCAUGGCCGAAGAUGUUCUCAAAGCAAAACCAGUCCCGGAAAGCCGACUUGUUAAAGAUCGUUCACGUCUCCUGUCUAAAGGAUGCAAUUACAUUUGGGAACGUCCGAUCCACAACCCAGACGAGCAUAAUUCGAGCGUUUUCUACUACUGCCAUGUCGGAAACUACUCGGAUGCCCGUACUCGUGUCACAUGCAGUCUCAUAGACCAAAUCCUCGAAGAACCUACAUACGACACUCUUCGUACGAAGGAACAACUUGCAUACCUCAUCUGGGGAUACAUGAUGGAAGAUGUUGAGUCUAUCGGCUGGGGUGUCCUUAUACAGUCAGAGAGGGACUGCAAAUAUCUGGAAUUACGCAUUGAAAAUUUCAUAACACAGAUGCGCAGGAAGAUUGAAGACAUGCAGGAAGGCGAGUUUGAAGAGCACAAGAAGGCGCUUGUCCAUCAGUGGACUGAAAAGCUGAAGAAUCUGGGUGAGGAGUCAACGCGUUUCUGGAGCGAAAUUCAAAUGGGAUACUAUAAUUUCCAAAGAAAUGAAAAAGAUGCAGAGCUUAUAAAGAGUAUUACGAAGCAGGAUGUCCUCAAUAUGUACAAAACUUCUAUUGAUCCCUCGUCACCUUUGCGUUCAAAGAUUUCUAUACAUAUGCGUCCUCACAGCCCACCUGCACGCAAGUUUAGCGAAAACGCAGCCAAUUAUUUCCUUGAGGCACUGCGCAAGGCAGGCAUCAAUAUCAAUGAAGAGGAGUACAAGUCAGAGUGUCACGAUGAGCCUCCGGCUGUACAAGUGCGUGCAUAUUGGGCAGAGAGGCUGCACAAGGAAGCCAACGCGAAGGAUGAUAUUAUCAAUAAUCUGCUGGCAGAGCUUGAUGGGCUUAUUGAGAAAUAUCCUGCAAGAGGCCAAGGACAUAUUGAACUGGACUCAAAAGCUGUUUUUAUCGAAGAUGGUACAAGAUUCAAAGAGAGUCUGGAGCUUUCUGGACCAGCAGAACCUGUUGAGAAGUUCCAAGUUGAGUAA